AUGUCGGUUGAUCCAAAUCUUCUUACUCCAUAUAAGGUUUGUUUAUUAUUUCAAAGUUGCUCUUAUAAAUCAAAAUAUUUUUCAGAACACUGGCGCUGCCAAUGCUUCAUUGCGUCAAAUUUCGGAAGAUGCGUUCUACGUUGUCAACGAAGUUGUGAUGAAGCGUCUUGGACAUGUUCCAAUUCUCAAGGUGAACUUUUUUUCUUGAAAACUCUUUGAGUGGUUAAUUUUUAGUGAUAGGAGUAUCAUUUUUUGUUUGAUAACAACAUGUUAUUAUUUGUUUGUUGCAAUAUAAUUGAUAAGAGGAGAAAGUACAAUGAUUUUUUCAACGUCUGAUCAAAUGAUGAAAAAUAAGAAUUAGAGAGUUGUAAAUUUUCUGAGAAUUCAAUCUAAUAUUCAUUUGUGGAUACCAAAAAAUCAAACCAACAAACCAAAAACUAUUCACUUUUUUGUCAGAAUUUAGUACCUUUCUCCUCUCUCAAAAUAUCGCCUGACAAUCUAGAAAAAAACAAUAAAAAACAGGUUUGAAUUUGAUCUGACCUUCUCAUUUUUGCAUGUUAUUCUAGCCAUUUCAAUGAGAAACGACGAGAAAGGGGGAACAUUUCAUUUUUAUCAAAAAAGAUCACACUUCAAUGUUUAUAUUUGUUGAAUAGAUGCCGUUUUUGUUUAUUGGUUGUUUGUAGACAAAACGGGCGCCAGAAAAAAGAAACGAGAGAAAAAAUCGUUUUUGUAAAUAUUACAAAAAAUCAAAAACAAUACACCCGGCACAUUUUUUUGUCAUAAAUAAAAUGCAUGGGAUUAUUUUUCGAAUAUUGUUUGUUGAAAGGUGCAAAAAUAUGUACUUUUUGUUGUUUGGAGCUUGAGAAAAAAGGUUGAUACAUGAGAAAAAUAUAGUUUUUCGACUAUUGUUAUUGUCAUGAAGUUUUAUCGGCCUUGUGAAAAAGAGAUAAGUAGCAGUAGAUUUGUAUCUUGUGCUUUUUUCUGUAGUUUUUUUGGCAAAAUGUCACGUGUUCGAAAAACAUCACAAAGAACGAUAAAAUCUUAUGACGUGCCACAAUCAAAAAUUGAAUCUUUUUAAUGUUUUGAAACUAUUUAUGUUUUGAAACUAUUUAUAAUGUUCGAUCACGUGUGCGUGCAAAAUAAAGAAAAAAAGUUAGCGGUCAACAACAAAAUUGAGCCCCCAAAGACAAAAAAGUGACAGUUGUUAGAUACACUGAAGUUGAGACAUUGUAAUAUAAAAGAAGAUGAGACAUAUUUUUUGCAGGGAGAUUUCCAUUUGCUUCCCGCGAAGGUUCAACGAUUCAUUGCCGAAAAGGCUGAAUUGAUGAGACCACGUGGAAUCUUCAUUUGUGAUGGAAGUCAACAUGAAGCCGAUGAAUUGAUCGAUAAAUUGAUUGAGAGAGGAAUGCUCUCAAAAUUGGCUGCUUAUGAAAACAAUUACAUUUGUAGAACCGAUCCAAAGGUAUUUUGAAAAAAAAAUAACAAAAUGACAAUUGAUCAAAAAAUUUAGGAUGUUGCUCGUGUCGAAUCAAAAACUUGGAUGGUUACUAAAAACAAACAUGAUACUGUUGCUCAUACAGCUGAAGGUGUUGAACCAAUUAUGGGACAUUGGAUGGCACCAGAAGAUUUGGCAACUGAACUCGAUACUCGUUUCCCAGGUUGUAUGGCUGGUCGUAUUAUGUAUGUUAUUCCAUUUUCAAUGGGACCAGUUGGUGGACCAUUGUCAAAAAUUGGAAUUCAACUUACUGAUUCGAACUAUGUUGUUUUGUCGAUGAGAAUUAUGACAAGAGUUGGAGUUGAAGUUUGGGAUGCUCUUGGAAAUCAAGAUUUCGUCAGAUGUAUUCACUCCGUUGGUUUGCCACGUCCAGUCAAACGUAAAUUACACCUUUUUUUUCGAAAAAAAAUUGAAAAUCAAAAAAUAUAUUUUUCAGAACGAGUUAUCAAUCACUGGCCAUGUAAUCCAGAACGUGUAUUGAUUGCACAUCGUCCACCAGAGCGUGAAAUUUGGUCAUUUGGAUCUGGAUACGGUGGAAAUUCACUUCUCGGAAAGAAAUGUUUUGCUCUUCGUAUUGCUUCAAAUAUUGCUAAAGAUGAAGGAUGGAUGGCUGAACAUAUGCUUAUUAUGGGUGUAACUCGACCAUGCGGUCGUGAACAUUUCAUUGCUGCUGCAUUCCCAUCAGCUUGCGGUAAAACCAAUUUGGCAAUGCUUGAACCAACUCUCCCAGGUUGGAAAGUUCGAUGUGUUGGAGAUGAUAUUGCAUGGAUGAAAUUCGGAGCUGACGGAAGACUUUAUGCAAUUAAUCCAGAAGCUGGAUUCUUUGGUGUUGCUCCAGGAACAUCGAAGAAAACAAAUCCAAUGGCUGUUGCAACAUUCCAAAAGAAUUCAAUCUUCACAAAUGUUGCUGAAACAGCAAAUGGUGAAUAUUAUUGGGAAGGAUUAGAGGAUGAAGUUGCUGACAAAAAUGUUGAAAUUACAACUUGGCUUGGAGAAAAAUGGCAUAUUGGAGAUGCAGGAGUUGCUGCUCAUGCUAAUUCACGUUUUGCUGCUCCAGCCAGUCAAUGUCCAAUUAUUCAUCCAGAUUGGGAAUCACCACAAGGAGUUCCAAUUGAAGCCAUCAUUUUUGGAGGAAGACGUCCACAAGGUGUUCCAUUGAUUUUCGAAACCAACUCAUGGGAACAUGGUGUUUUCACUGGAGCUUGUUUGAAAUCAGAAGCUACUGCUGCUGCUGAAUUCACUGGAAAGACUGUUAUGCAUGAUCCAAUGGCUAUGAGACCAUUCAUGGGUUACAACUUCGGAAAAUAUCUUCAACAUUGGUUGGAUCUUAAAACCCCAGAGAGAAAAGUUCCAAAGAUCUACCAUGUCAAUUGGUUCCGUCGUGAUGCUAACAACAAAUUCUUGUGGCCAGGAUACGGAGACAAUAUUCGUGUUAUUGAUUGGAUUAUCCGUCGUUUGGAUGGUGAAGAAAAUAUUGGAGUUGAAACUCCAAUCGGAACUGUUCCAGCUAAGGUAAAAAUAAAUUCUAUUAUUUUUCAAUUUUAAUUCACAAAAUACAUUUUCUAGGGAUCAAUCAACUUGGAUGGUUUGGGAGAUGUUAACUGGGAUGAAUUGAUGUCGGUUCCAGCCGAAUAUUGGAAACAAGAUGCCGGAGAAAUCCGUAAAUUCUUGGAAUCUCAAGUCGGAAGCGAUUUGCCACAAGCUGUUCGCGAGGAAAUGGAUGCACAAGAGAAGAGAAUUCAAACCUUGUAA